UUUUGCCUUAGAGGAAAGUCCCACAGUGCUCACGCGAAGCAUACACAUCGGCGUUUCCAUCCUCCCGAUCGCCGCCGAUGGAAACUGCCGCCGCUGGUUCGCGCCGCCCGACGGCCCUCCGCCUCCUCUGCCCUAAGAAGUCCGUCCUCUCAUCCCCCUUCCCAUCCCUCCUCUGGCUCGUCGGCUCCCCUCGCUUCCUCCAGCCCGUCACCGUCGCUGCCGCCCUCCGCUGCCUCCGCUUCCUGUCUGACGACGGCCCGUCCUCCCCCGACCUUCCCCACGAAGCAGACGAAAUCCGUGGAUUGCUCGUGAGGGGGUUCGACAUCGUGGGGGGCCUGUUCGUCGGGAGCGCGAAUUCCGAGUCCGAUGCCGGGAGAGCGCUGGAACUGGCCGGGCAGCUGAGGCAGCGGUUGUUCGGCGAAAGGGCGAGCCAUGGCAUGGUUGGAGGCUGCGUGGAUGCGUCCACUGGGGACAUUCGGUUCCUUGUCUCGGAGAGCAACGGGUCAGAGGUGGUGGAAGGGCAAGAGGUUCUGUGGGGGGAUGAGCCGGGGAGGUCGCUGCUGGAGAAGGGCUGCCUUCUGCGCUGCGAGCUGCAGCUGCAGCUGCCACUCUAUCUUCCUUCGGAUGAGGCCAUGUCUGGCAUUGAAGCCAGGUUUUCUUCACUCAUUGAAUCUACAGCUGCUAACCUCAGAGGUCCUCAUCUUUCUUACCUAGUUGAAGGCCCGACUGCAACAUGUGAUGAAUCACACCAUUCAGUUAUCUUACAUGGCAAUAAUUUGGAUUCUGUUUCCCAACCACCCAUCAACCCAAACACAAACAAGCACAGUGCCAAAAUUGUGUCUUGUUCAGAUUUCUUACCGACAAAGAGGCAUGACCUCUCCUCAAUAAGAGAGAAUGCAGAUGCAAUUCAAAUAACUGUCCUAUCCAAUCAAUCAUUCAACAUCUCAAAGGCCAGCUCCCCUGUCCCUGUGUUAAAGUACUUUCCAGCACCAGCACCAGCUAGCUUGAAAGUAAUCAACCUGAAGCUAGAUAUAUUAUGCUACACUUCAAUGGAUCUUCCUAUAGACGUUGCUGUAUCUGAGCUAGUUAUUCCGGGAUUAGCUGAUCAGCUAAGCGUUAUGAAGAAGGCUAUUGUCUCAGAGCUCUUAACUCAACAGCCUCAGCUUUGUCCGUACCAUUUUGUUCCUCCUGGGUUGCUUAUUCCCCUCACAGCUAUAUACGACACAAGAUACGGGGAGAUUGAGGAAAAACAGAGUGAACUGAGAAGAAAUCUGCACUUCAGGCUUGGUCUGCCCUUGGAUCGUCCUUUAUUACGGACUUCCAAUGCACUGACUUUUGGUGGCAUGGAAAGGCGAGAUAGAAGCUCAUCAAAAAGUGGUUCUGCAUUGCUUCGAGAUGUCCACAAAGAAAUUCCAUCUAGUGGUGUAUCUGGAGGAAUCACGUCAUUGAUUGAUGGUUCAUAUGAGUAUUACCAUUACCUACAUGAUGGUAUCGAUGACAAUGGAUGGGGAUGUGCUUACCGUUCCCUACAAACAAUCAUGUCUUGGUACAGGCUGCAACAGUAUUCAUCUAUAAAUGUUCCUUCACACAGGGAGAUUCAGCAAGUUCUUGUUGAAAUUGGUGACAAGGAUCCAUCAUUUAUUGGAUCUCGGGAAUGGAUUGGAGCGAUAGAAUUAAGCUUUGUGCUUGACAAACUGCUUGGUGCUAGUUGCAAGAUAAUUAACGUGAGAUCUGGUGAUGAGCUUCCUGAGAAAUGCAGAGAACUUGCAAUACAUUUUGAAACCCAGGGAACUCCUGUAAUGAUUGGUGGUGGAGUUUUGGCUUAUACCCUUCUGGGAGUUGAUUACAACGAAGUCAGUGGUGAUUGUGCUUUUCUCAUCCUUGAUCCACACUACACUGGUGGUGAUGACCUCAAGAAGAUUGUUAAUGGUGGAUGGUGUGCGUGGAAGAAGUCUGUGGACAGCAAGGGUCGGAGCUUCUUCUUGAAGGACAAGUUCUACAACCUUCUUCUGCCCCAAAGGCCCAAUAUGGUGUGAGAACCGGGUAAUUUUUGUAGUGUUGGUGUAUGUAAGAUCAAGCGGGAGAUCAGUAAACCAUGUAUCCUCUGGUUAUUCUAAUAGAGAGACUGAGUUGCGACUUA